CCUGGCAACCCUGGAUGCAGAAGCUGGAUCGCUUUGGAAUAUGUGUUGCUUCAAGGGCAAAUACCUUUUUCUCUUGUAGCAGUUCUGAAGCGCUGGAAAAUCCCCGCAGCACAACUCAGCUCUGAAGCCACAUUGGAGCUCACCGAGGUCACCUCAGCCCUGGAACCAAAAGGCAGGAGGGAACUGCCCAAGCAGGAACUUCCAGACCUUCAGUUCCUCAAGAUUCUUCAUCAUGGGCAGUUCUCCAAGCUCUGGCAAGGAACAUUCAAGCAACAGCCUGUGGCCAUCAAAGCUUUUUCCCCUCUGGGCCAUUGGCAAUUUGAAUCGGAGUGGGCUGUGCACAGCCUCCCGUUGAUGAACCAUGACAAUGUGAUACAGCUGGUGGCUGCUAGAUGCGGAGGACCCAGCAUGGAACAAGGUGGUCUCCUGGUGCUGACGCUGUACCCAUUGGGGUCAUUGCGAAAUUUCCUCGGCCAGCAUGUUUGUUCCUGGGACAUCACUAUUCGGCUAGGAUCAUCCCUUGCCAGGGGCCUUGCUUUCUUACAUGGGGAGCAGUGGAAGGAAGGUCUGCAUAAGCCUGGCGUGGCCCACCAAGACCUGAGCAGCCAGAAUGUGCUUGUACGGGAAGACGGGACCUCUGUCAUUGGUGACUUUGGCCUUGCUGUGACUUUGACGGAGAGCCUGAAGCACUGGAGGGAGGAUCCUGCACAGCACAUUGUUCGCACGGCUGAGCCCCCACACUACGUAGCUCCUGAAAUUCUGGAUGGGAACCUGAACCUCAAAGACUUGGGUACGGCAUUGAGGCAGGCAGAUGUCUACUCUUUGGCGCUGGUGCUGUGGGAAAUGUUCAUGCGAUGUUCAGCACUCUUCCCAGAGGGUGCCACCCCUGAGUUCCAGCUGGCCUAUGAAGCAGAACUGGGCAGCAGCCCUACACACAAUGAAUUGUGGAGCCUAGCUGUUGAGAAAAGGCAGAGGCCCGCUAUUCCUACAGCUUGGAAAAGUUUUGGGCAGGUUGCUUUUGGGUUGCAGGAGGUCCUAGAGGAUUGCUGGGACCCUGACCCGGAGGCUCGCCUGCAAGCCCAGUGUGUCCUGGAAAGGUUGCAGGUGCUAGGAGCUGAGGACCUGCUGCAAGAAGACUGAAGGCUGAAGUCCAUUCUGUGUUGGGCUUUUGCUUCCUUGGCUGAGCAGAGCUUUUUUCCCUUUUGCUGAGAACCAACACGGACCCCUUGCGGAAAAGUCCUCUCAGGAGCAGUUUGUUAGUUGGACCCUGCCUGGAACUCAUCUUAAUGACCAGGGUGUGGUUUUUUGUUUGCAGUGCUUUCUUUAAAUACUGUCCAUAUAAGUCACAUCGUGAACUCUGGCCGCUGAAUCACCUUAAUCUGCAUGUUGCGUAUAGGUUUCCACCAUGCACCUUGCUCUUGCCCCUUGGAUUAAUCUCACUGCUUCCUGCAAGAUAACUGAUGCCUGGACAAGGCAGGACUGCAUGUAUUCUGUGGUUUGGGCAACAAUACCAAGCUCACUCUCCUCUGAGUAAGUUUGAUUGAACACAGUCGGCCAUACCUGGGAAUGGGUAUGAAUAAAGUCCUGCUGCUUAGAAGCAGAAGUUUGUUCUGGGAACAGAAUUCACUCCCUUAAGAAGAUCUGUUUUCUUUAAAGCAAAAUGUGUGUCUGCUCAGUACGCUUGUGAAAGUAGGCUUGCAAAUAUGCAUAUAGUGUGUAGCAAAAGGAACACUGGAAGUUCCAAACAAGGCCACAGAAAGCUUUUGGCAUUUGAGAAGACAGACAAAAAUGGGAUAAGAGACCGAAAAAAGAAUAACAAUAAUAAUAAAG